UGGAGACAGACGAGACGUCUCUUCCAUGAGUACAUGCACCCAAACGCCGUUCUCCGGUACCGUCCAAUUCAAGAAUGGGAGGCCUGUAAGUACCUCCUUCGGGUUGUAGAAGAUCCCAAGAAUUUCCUUCACCACGGCCGACACUUCCUCGGUGCCACAAUCAUCCGAGUGAGCUAUGGCAUUGAUGUCGACAAGCACAAGGAUACAGACUACCUAGGUAUCGCCGAAGCAGCCCUGGCCAUCUUCUCCCAGGCCUUCCUUCCCGGCAAGUAUCUGGUCGAGUCAUUUCCAAUCCUACGUUAUCUUCCGUCCUUCAUGCCUGGAGCGGGUUUCAAGCGGGAAGCUGCGAAAUGGUACCCGGUUGUCCGUAAGAUGCGAGACCUACCAUGGGAGGCUGCUAUGACUGCUUUGCGUGAGGGUAACGCUAUACCUUCAAUGGCCAGCGGCCUCCUUGAACGCAUGUCUCACCUUGACGAGAAAGCAGCGGCUGAACAGGAGGAGUAUUCGAAGAAUGCCAUCGCAUCUGCUUACGCCGGUGGUGCCGACACGACAAUCUCCACACUCCAGACUUUCUACAUAGCCAUGGCCUCCUUCCCAGAGGUACAGAAACGGGCUCAAGCAGAACUCGAUGCUGUCGUCGGACCACAUCGCCUUCCCACAUUCGCAGACAAAGAUGAUCUUCCUUAUAUAGCAGCAAUCAUGAAGGAAUGCUUGCGCUGGCGACCCGUUGUUCCACUUGGCGUCGUUCACUCGUCGUUAGAGGAAGACGAGUACAAUGGCUACCGUAUUCCAGCGCGGUCCGCAGUAGUCAGCAACCCAUGGUAUACUCCUCCGGCAUAUGUCAGAGACCCGAAUCUAUAUGAAGACCCGGAGGCAUUUCGACCGGAACGCUUCCUCAAGGAUGGUAAACUAGACCAUAACGCUCAGGAUCCAGCUGCCAUAGUUUUCGGCUAUGGACGAAGGAUUUGUCCGGGUCGCCACUUCGCAGAAGGAUCCAUCUAUGCGGUCGUGUCGGGGAUCCUACACACCAUGUCAAUUGAAGCACCCCUCGACGAGCACACUCAGCCUAUUCGCCUCGCCGACCACGUCAAGAUGACCCACGGUGUCCUCUCAUACCCGGAGCCUUUCGAUUGCAUCAUUAAGCCUCGUUCUCCGGAAGCUGAGAUGCUGAUCCGAACAAGUUUGAGCGAAGACGACGUGACAACCCUCUAA